AUGAUGAUGGAUCUGUCCAACUGCGUGGUUCCCAGACGCGGUCAAAAUUGGCUGGUGGGAUUCAACAUGUUGGCUUCCUCCACUAGGCUUUCUGCUGACGACCGGAAGGGUCUGGCAACCGAAUGCGAGCCGACCAAGAGCGUCGAUGAAGGCGGCGGCGACGGUGUACCCGCUCUUGACGAAGAAAGCGACGGCAAAGAUGAUGGCGUGGACCCCAUGGAUUGGUGUCGGAGCAGUUUGUUCGACGACCUUGUCUCCGCGCCGCAGAAGCCGCCCCCCGCCAAGGCCCCGCAGGGGAAGCCGAAGGUGUCGCAGCCCAAGGGGUCUUCUGGCAGUGCUUCGUCGGGGGGAGCUUCCACAUUGGCAGCCACCACGCUUCAGCCCCACCGCCCCGCGGACGAUGGCAACGGCGGACAGCAGUCAGGGCCCCUGCCAUCGGUGCCCCGAAAGUUCCAAGGCAAAUCGCCAGAGGAUAUCUUGGCGAAGUACAACUGGGUGGACCUGGACGCUCAACUCAUUGCCCUGGAGGAGAAACUGAGCUCGGCUGACCUGGCCGGCCGUCGCCAGGGAGACGAAGUCGCGACGACGUUGUCGACCAUGAAGAAGCAGGCGCACUCGGUGCACAAAGCCAUGGUCGCCUUGGAUAUUAAAGUCCAGAAGUGGACGGGUACCCCGCCAGGUGUUACCGACCUGCUGAAGAAGAAGCGAGGGCGCGCGAAGGUCAUCCUCGACGCCGCCUUGGCCUUCUCUGCCACGGGGAAGCAUCUCGACGCCACGAAGAUGGAGACCGCCAAGGCUGAGAUGGCAACGGAGAAGAUGACGAUUCCUGGCGCAUUCCAUUUAACCUUCUUUAAAGAGAAGAGCUUGGACUUCAUCCGCUUCCGGUGCAUGGGCGAGUUCAUCGACUUCAUCGGCGGGGAGGACAGCUACUUGAAGGAAUCGUUCUUCGCGCCAUCUACUGUGGACUUGCGGUCUGUACGGGCUGACGUUGUCUCCAGUGGCUUGCACAUGCUCGUGUCUGGAUGCGCUGAGGGCGACGAGGAGGCCAUCAGCGAGAUGCGUGCGUUCGUGAAGCAACUCACCGAACUUGAAGACAACUUCCCCAAUACGUUCGAGUCGCAUGCGUGUGGAGACCUGAAGACCCUCGGCAUUGCGCUGACCACCGAGAGCACGACGUCCGCCCAUGAGGACGCGAUCGCCAAACUGUCGAGUAUCACUGCGAACGACGACUACGCCGGCAUUCUACGUGAAGCCAUCGACGCGGGGGCGUGGUCUAAGUUCUUGGACAAUCUUACUACGGCGAGGACGGUGACAGCGAACAUCUCGCAAGCCAUCGCCAGAGUGCAAGGUCACGUUGCGAAGUUCGGGGAGCCAGCCUAUACUAGAGAUGCGAAGGACAGGGAUGAGUUCUACAAGGACUUUGCGGCGAUGGUCAUCAUAUGCGUGGACAUGGGCGGCGACGACUGCCCGCGGGGCCAGAUGGAUCGGCUGUUACAAUCGAUUACACUGCAGGUUCAGCACGGGGCCACCCAAGUUGCAGGCUUUGUCGAGGAGGCCCUGCAGAUUCUUGUAUCUGUGAAGUCCAAGUCGCUAAUGCCGUUGGAGGCCCACAGUUCUUUGGAAUCUUUGAAAUUGGCGGCCUGUGGCGCUGCGACGCAGUUCCAAUUCAACUCCGCAGACCUCCUAAAGCACGUUGCCCAGCAGAAGGUCCAUCAGUUCAUGGAGAACUUCGCCGUCGCGGAGGGCUGGGCCAACAAUCUAGCCAAGUGCUCGAAGAUGAUCGAGAUCGUAUCAGAGCUCCUGCAGCUUCGGAAGGUCGUUUGUGACCUUAUGACUCAGGCUACAGAUGAGAUUUUGGUUGCCAUGGUGGACAAAUUCAACUGCAUCCACUCCCUGCUGUCGGACCCGCGCGUCCAGCAGACCAACCUGACGGACUUGGUGAAGGCCCUGGAGAACGAAUGCGGCGUUGGCGAGCUCAGCGCCAAGCUGUACCGCGACGGCUUCGCCAAGUUUCAAGUCCAGUGCAAGGCGUUUGUGCAGCUUGGGCUCGAUUGCUUGGGAGGCGCAGCGAACGCUGGAGAGGUGGAAGGGCAAGCCAAGGUCAUCAGCGACCUAGCUUUCCAGAUGCUCCAACGAUCGUCGGCGUCGGCGACGCCGAUCAUUCACAGAGCGGCAAUCGACUUCUUCGCCAACCAUGUCACUCUGCUGUGCUGCAGGGUGCCCGAAAUCAUUCGACUGAAGACGAAACCACCUUCCGACUACGUCGUCGACUCCAGGUUCAAGGCGUCGCUCGAGGCGGCGUUGAACGCAGAGGACUCGAAGCCCAAGCUCCAGCCAAUCAUCGCAGAUAUGAGCGACAAGUUCUUGGACAUGCUGGCGAGCUUCAAGAACAUCCUGGCCCCCGUGGAGAUGAAGUUCAACGCUGUCGUGAACAAGCGGUUGACCGCGGGCAUUAACAAACUGAAGACGCUCCUCGUUGACGACGAGACCGAGGAUGACGUUAUCUACAAGAAGUUGACGACAUCCAAGGUGGACGCCAUGAGGAAAAUUCGCCGGGAGCUACUGGAAGCUUCCGAGCAGAGCAAAGCAGGCGGGGCGUCGACAAGCGAGGCAGUGGUGGCCGAUGAGCUCGCCAUCCAGGCUCGCCUGCAGAGCGUCCGUUUCGGCUUUCUCGCCUUCCUGAACGCACCUCAUAUCCACUCGCAGGGGGAGGAGGGUUCCAAGAUCCGCAAGAACUUGAAGAGCAUAUGGGACAUGUCGCAGGGUGAUGAUAUCCUACAGUACUUGGCCAAGUACAGCUCGAAGUCAGUGGAGGAGAUCAAAGUGCUGGUGGACAUGGAGUCGACACCUGCAGCAGGGGCGCCGAAGGGUCGCGUAGCGGCCAAGAAGCGGGCCGCAACCUCGGCGCCCGGAGAUCCCCCGAAGGCGAAGAGGAAAUGUUGA